CUUUUCCGGAGAUAGUCAACAGACUUCCAUGUGUAAACACCCUGUUAGUGUACGAGGCGUUUCCAUUGGGCCCUUCGGCUUUUCGCGUACGGAGCCCCUUUACACGAUUUUUUAGAGAACUUUUACUCUCUGUUACUGUAUUAAACUAGUUACUUAUCGCUUGGGUAUUUCGCUGAGCCAGGGAGCCAGGUGUGAGAUUCUUUUGAACUUUAUGUUAGUGUCCGGUCUAGUGGAAACACCCUGUAAAUCCCUGGCGUUAAUCCGCACUGGAAAUACCGGUUUCUUAAGCUUGUAGGGAGACUUUUACUUGCUUGCACCUUUCGGCCUACCUUCAAAUGCGCAUAAAGGUCCUAUUCUUCGCCAAAAGUCGUGAAGUGGCUGGGCUAAGUGAGCAGGUGUUUGAGCUGGCAGACGGCGGCAAUACAGAGGACCUAUUGCAUCAGAUCAUCUCGGCUCAUCCUGGGCUUGAAAAUGUCAUGAAGUCAUGCGUGUUUGCUGUAAAUCAAGAGUACGUCCGGCCAUGCGACAAGGAACCGCUGAAGGAGGGCGAUGAAGUCGCCAUUAUUCCACCUCUCAGCGGCGGUUAACAGGAUGCUAUCCACUGUAAAGAGCCUGCUUUG